UUUUGCUACACAUUUUCUUUUGUUAAGUGCCACCUGCAAAUUCUUGUUCUUGGGAGUAUUCCUAUGCCUAUCCUAGCAUGUUCUGUGCAAUUGGCAGAUAAUAUUAAUCAAAACUUAAAUAAUUUAGAUAAUUUUUUAGUAUAAAAUCCUCAAACAAGGCUAUAUGUGCUGAGAGAGUCGUCUUUCUACUUUCAUAUUGAAGAGAGAGAGAAAAGGAUGGAGAGAGGAAAGUUGAUUGUGGAGAGGGUGGAAGGGAAGUCGACGCUAACUCGCUGCUUUUCCAAGUACCCCUUCAAAUUUAUCGUCCCCAAAAAGGUGGGCUCCUCCCAAACCGAUGCUGUCUGGAUUUACACCAUCACCUACGGCGGCGGCAUCGUCUCUGGGGAUUCAAUUGCUUUUGAUGUUACGGUGGCGGAUGGCUGCAAUGCAGUUUUGACCACUCAAUCUUCUACAAAGGUUUACAAGUCUAUUGAGUCGAAAUGUUCUGAGCAAGUGCUGGAGGCCAGCAUUGGGCAAGAUGCGCUUUUGGUGGUGAUUCCCGAUCCAGUAACUUGCUUUUCCACUGCAAGAUAUUCUCAGACACAAAAUUUCAAACUUGUAACUGAUUCGAGCUUGCUUUUAGUAGACUGGAUAACUAGCGGCCGCCAUGAAAGAGGAGAAAAAUGGGCCUUUUCUCACUACAAAAGCACUAAUCGCAUUCUCUUACAACCCACUCAACCUCUAUUUCUUGACACGCUUUUGAUGCAGAUAUUAUUAGAACAAGGAAGUCAUGGAAGUAUUGCUGACCGCAUGAACGAUUACCAAGCAAUAGCCAUGAUUGUGCUUUUGGGGCCUAAGUUGAAGCAUAUUCAGAAUCAAAUCGAGGAAGAUGUGAGGAAGAUAAUGUCUCAGCGGCCUUCAAUUAGUUCCUCUAAACCAAAUUUUAUUGCUUCUUGCAGUAGGUUUGGUCCAAAGGGGAUGGGAGUCGUGAUUCGUGUUGCAUCCACGACGACUGAAGCCAUCUAUAACUUCCUGCAACAUCAGUUGGCUACUAUGGAAGAGCUGCUCGGAGCUCCGCCAUACCGCUAGAAUUCUGUGAUCGAUGAGUUCAGUUGGCUGUUGAAGCUCGUAUUCUGUCGAGUUGGCAAAUGCUCUAAUAUGGGGAUGACAUUUAUGAUUAUGAGCUCUUAUCUUCAAAGUUUUCAUCAAGAAAAUUGUGUCGAACUUUGAACAUGCUUAAUUUUUGUGUUUCAUGAAUACACGAGAAUCAUUCUUGUACAUCAUUAGCAAGAUUUUGACUAAGUAGAUGAUUAUGUUGUUGA